AUGCUUACUCCGCUUCUUAGCAUUAAUCGUACAUUAACAACCGCUGUAAGAUGCAAACGGCGGGUUGUAAUUACAGGAAUGGGGGUAAUUUGUCCCCUUGGAGUAGGUUUACAGAAUGCCUGGCAAGCUCUAAUUGAUUCUAAAUCAGGUAUCACCAAGUUAACUAACCCAGAUUAUGACAAAUUACCUUGUAAAGUUGGUGCAUUAGUACCAAAAGGAAGUAGUCCUAAUGAGUUAAAUAUAGAUUCAUAUUUUACAAAAAGUGAAUUACGCACAAUGUGUCCAGCCACUGCUUAUGCCUUGAUAGCUACACAGGAAGCAUUAGAUGAUGCAAAUUGGAAACCAAAAGAUGAAAUAGAUAAACAAGAUACAGGAGUAGCUAUAGGAAUUGGAAUGAUAGAUUUGGUUGAUGUAUGUACAACAUAUGAAGCCUUAAAAAAAGGAUAUAACAAAAUUAGUCCUUAUUUUGUACCAAGGAUAUUACCAAAUAUGGCUGCAGGACAAAUUAGUAUCAAAUAUGGGUUUCGUGGACCAAAUCAUUCUGUAUCAACAGCAUGUGCAACUGGGGCACAUGCAAUUGGUGAUGCAUUUCGCUUUAUUCGGGGUGGAGAAACAAGUGUAAUGAUAUGUGGUGGAGCAGAAGCAUGUAUCAGUCCUCUUGCUGUAGCUGCUUUUUGUAGACUUAGGGCUUUAAGUACUAACAAAAAUGAUUUUCCAUAUGAAGCAUCACGACCAUUUGAUAAAGAUAGAGAUGGAUUUGUCAUGGGAGAAGGUUCUGCUAUACUAGUAUUAGAAGAAUUAGAUCAUGCACUUGAAAGAAAAGCUAGAAUAUAUGCAGAAGUGCUAGGAUAUGGUUUAUCUGGUGAUGCAGCACAUUUGACUGCACCUAGUGAAGAUGGUACUGGUGCUAUAUUAGCUAUGGACAGAGCAGUGAAAGAUGCUGGUAUAGAAACUGUAGAAAUUACUUUUAUUAAUGCACAUGCAACUUCAACUCCCUUGGGUGAUGCUAUUGAACUAAAAGCAAUAGAAUCGUUUAUGGGACAACAUAGUAAAAAUGUAACUGUCUCCAGUACAAAAGGUGCUCAUGGUCAUUUACUAGGAGCAGCAGGAAAUUUAGAAGCUGUUUUUACCAUUUUAGCAGUAAAAGAAGGUAUCAUCCCACCAACGUUAAAUUUACAUAACUUAGAUAUAAAAACAUGCUUAAAUUUUACUCCCAAUGUAAAAAAACAUUGGAAUGGGAUUUCCAGACGUGUAGCUUUAAAAAAUGCCUUUGGUUUUGGAGGAACAAAUGCAUGCUUAUGUUUUGCUCAAUAUAAUGAAUGAAUUAACCAUUAAAGUAGAACUAUUCUGAAAAAAACAU